GCGGCCGCGGUGGUGGCGCGCAGGGAGAGAGCGACGCGGCCCAGGCCGGCGGCGCUGGGAAAAUGGCGGUGCGGAAGAAGGACGGCGGCCCCAACGUCAAGUACUACGAGGCCUCGGACACCGUUAGUCAGUUCGACAGCGCGCGGGUCUGGCUGGGCAAGAACUACAAGAAGUACAUUCAAGCGGAGCCCCCUACCAAUAAGUCAUUAUCCAACCUAGUGGUACAGCUGCUGCAGUUCCAAGAGGAGGUAUUUGGGAAGCAUGUCAGCAAUGCACCACUCACAAAGUUGCCAAUUAAAAGUUUCUUAGAUUUCAAAGCUGGUGGUGCCCUGUGUCACAUCCUUGCAGCAGCUUAUAAAUUCAAGAGUGACCAAGGAUGGCGGCGUUUCGAUUUCCAGAAUCCAUCACGGAUGGACCGAAAUGUGGAGAUGUUCAUGACCAUUGAAAAAUCUUUGGUACAGAACAAUUGUCUGUCCCGACCUAACAUUUAUCUGCAUCCAGACAUUGACCCCAAAUUACAAGCCAAGCUGAAAGACAUCGUCAAACGACAUCAGGGAACAGUAACUGAAGAUAAGAACAGUGCCUCCCAUAUUGCCUUCCCUGUUCCUGGUAGCUUGGAAGAAG